AUGGCGGCCCUGCAUUGCUGUGUACCGAUGUGCACUAAUGAUUCUCGUUAUGACACCGAGGGACAGCUGUCAUUUCACAGAAUCCCUGCUGAAAAGAACUUAAGAAAAGAAUGGCUUGUUAAGAUAAGAAGAGAUGUCGGACCAUAUUUCAAGCUUUCUGACAAAACAAGGGUCUGCUCAUCUCAUUUCAAGGCAGGUGAUAUUCGUCGUACUUUAAUAGGAAAGAGAACGCUACUACCAGGAUCAGUUCCUAGCCUCUUUCCAUGGACACAGAGAUCCCCAUCAAAACGGAUAGGUCCACAAAGAAGAUCAUUGAAGAAGAUUGAUCCUGAGCCAAUGGAAAUUCAGGUUGCUGGAGAAAUGCCAUGUUCACAUGAUGAAGUACCCUUAGCUUCCAUGGAUCAUGACUACACCAUAACCCCUCAGCCAAUUGAUGAACAACUUGCAGCUGCACAUGCAGAAUUGAAAGUACUUAAGCAGCAACUACUUGAGACAAGUCAAAAGCUGUUUUUCUUGGAGCGUUUCAGCAAUGAUCCUCAGAAUAUUAAUUUCUACACAGGUUUUAAAGACUAUGCAACUCUCAAGAGUGUCUUCGUAGCCCUACAGCCCACAGCUACUACCAUGAUUAGGUGGACGCAGAUGCAGAGACAUUCAUCAAACAUGGAUAAAUUGAAAACAAGUGCAUUCCGAUAG